AUGGCGCUCCUCCCGAGAAAGAAGGAGGGAGGGCGGCAGGGAGGAGUACGCGAGGGCGGUGCUUCGGGGCCUAGCGGGGCCGCCCUAAAGGCGGGGAGAAGUCCUCUUCCUCCUCCUCCUCCCUUUCCUCUCCCGGCGAGGGCUGAUGAUGAAGGGAAGGCCUGCCCUCUUCUCUCUGGAGCCACCGAGGAGGCCGGCAUGAGGAUUUUCAAGCCAUUAAAUGGCUUAUUUGCUGGACUCCUAAAAACGAAAUAUUUUGGAACCACAGCAUCAAAUACAUCAUUUCCAGUAACCUGGAAGCUUUGGGACCAGUCUCUUCAUCCAUUGUCUGGACAUCUUGCAGUAUCGCAGAGAAAAAGUAUUUUCACAAUGCCGGAGAUGCUUGACAAGACUGACCUGGAACUGAACUUCCCGCAUCCCAGGGUACGUGGAAUGACAGAACUUAACAGAGAUGCUUUCAAAAGGGAAGUUGUUGUCCCAGCUCUUAAGGUUAACAAAGACAUCAUAAACAAAGUGGUGAAGCUGCUUAAGGAGGUGCUGAUCAAGCGGCCUGGUCUCAAGAGAGUCAUAGAAGAUCCAGAAGAUGAAGGCAGAAGGUUCAUUUUGUUAGAUCCUCAUAAAGUACCUGCUGAUGGUUCCCUGGGUGAAUCUGAGCAACAGAUCUUGAAGAACUUUAAUGUCAACCCUGAGAUAAUCAAGUACAACCUGGAAUUGACCUAUGACCAUUUCAAGGCGGAGGAAAUCCUGCAAGCAGUACUUCCUGAAGGUCAGGAAGUGACCACUGCAUUUAGCAGAGUGGGCCACAUCGCUCACUUGAAUCUGAGAGACCAUCAGCUGCCUUACAAACAUUUAAUUGGCCAAGUUAUUAUUGACAAGAAUCACGGUAUCACCUGUGCUGUAAAUAAAACCAAUACCAUUGAGAGUGCUUAUCGAAACUUUCAAAUGGAGGUGCUAGCUGGAGAUGAGGCCAACAUGAUAACAAAGGUUAAAGAACACUACCUCUCCUAUGAAUUUGAUUUUUCAAAAGUCUACUGGAAUCCCCGCCUCUCUACUGAACACACACGCAUCAUCAGUCUCUUGAAGCCGGGCGACUUUCUCUUUGAUGUCUUUGCUGGUGUGGGACCAUUUGCAAUCCCUGCAGCGAAGAAGAGCUGCAUUGUGUUUGCAAAUGACCUUAACCCUGAGUCCUACAAGUGGUUGCAGCACAACUGUAAAUUGAACAAAGUGGACAAAAAAGUCCAAGUCUUCAACAUGGACGGCAGAGACUUCUUGAAGGGGCCAGUGAAGGAAGAGCUGGCCAGGCAACUCUCUCUGAAAGAGCGCAAGAGCUCCCUGCAUAUUGUCAUGAACUUGCCAGCCAUGGCCAUUGACUUCCUGGAUGUCUUCCAGCACCUCUUGAAUGGGGAGCCCAGCAGCACUGAGCUUCCCACAGUGCAUUGCCAUUGCUUUUCUAAGCAUGAUAAUCCGGCACAGGACGUUCAGGAAAGAGCUGAAACUUGCUUGGGAACUUCCUUAGAGGGCCUAUGUUCUGUGGAACUGGUGAGGAACGUGGCCCCCAACAAAGAUAUGAUGUGCAUUAGCUUCCGUCUCCCUGCUGAGGUGUUAUACAAACCACCAUCAUCUCUGGCAGGUGCGGAUAAUUCCCAGGAACCAGAAUCGAAACGUCUGCGCUUAACUGAAGAAAAAGUGAAUCCAGUGGCAUAGGAGGCUCUGUGCAGAUGGCUAAACAGAAUGUUAACGUCAUCAUUCAAGGUGGGGAAAUAGGGUUCGAUUUGCUCAUCUGAACUUGUAACAGCAACCUCUGGAAAAUGGAAUUCCAGCUGCUAAGACCAGAUGCUGAUUUUAUAUUGAUCAUUUUUUGGUUCUUCUUAAUUCCAUUUUGGUUCUCUUUAAUUCCAUGAAAGUUGGACGUUGUAUUUAAAAACUAUUAAAAUUUUAUUUUUUCCAUCA